AUGGGUUUAAAAAGUUUUGAUUUUUAUCCAAAAACACAGGAUGAUUUUCGGGUCAAGACUUUGGGAGGUGGUCUGAUCUCUAUCAUUUCACUCUUAGUCAUCUUGAUCCUUGUAUUAGGAGAGUUUUAUUUGUAUUUACAAGUGGAAAGAUUUGAUCAAUUAUAUGUUGAUACUCAACAAGAACGUAAAAUUCCAAUUUAUAUUAAUAUUACCUUCCCUGCUGUUUCUUGUGAUGCUUUAAAUUUGGAUGUUAUGGAUGUCAGUGGAGAACAUCACGUUCAUCUCGACUACCACACUGUUUACAAGAUGAGAUUAACUUUGGAUGGAAAACCAAUUAUUGAACAACAAGCUGAACAAGUAUCUGAUGACAAACCAACUUUGGACAUUUUAAAGCCACCACCAGGUGCUGUUAAACAUGAUUUAGUUAAUAAUGCUGAAUUGGAUAAAAUACGUGCUGAGAGAGCAAAGAAAGUCAAAGAUCCAAAGUAUUGUGGAAGUUGCUACGGAUCUAAUAGAGAUGCUAAUCAAUGUUGUAACACUUGUGAUGAUGUUCGUGAAUCUUAUCGUCGUGUUGGAUGGGCAUUCUCUCCAAACGAAGAUAUUGAACAAUGUUAUGAGGAAAUUUUGGAAAGAAAGAUGAAAUACUCCAAGCAAGAAGGAUGCAACUUGCAUGGUUACUUUUUGGUUAAUAAGGUUGCUGGUAAUUUCCAUUUUGCUCCAGGCAAAUCAUUUGUUCGUGCUCAACAACACAUGCAUGAUUAUACAAACUAUGAGGUUGAUCACUUUAAUACUAGUCACAUUAUCAAUUAUCUUGGAUUUGGUGAAAAGAUUCCUGGACUCAUUAAUCCUUUGGAUGGUACAAGUAAGAUUAUUGGAUAUAAUGCUGAAACUGGACAACGUGUCGAAGGAGAAUCAGCUCUCUUCCAAUAUUUUGUCAAGGUUGUUCCAACCAUUUAUGAAAAAUAUGGUUCAUCCAAUUCUAUCAUUACCAAUCAAUAUUCUGUAACUCAACACUCUAGACCAAAGAAUAGAUUACAUCCAAAUGUAGUUCCAGGUGUAUUCUUUAUCUAUGACCUUUCUCCAAUUAUGGUUCACAUCACAGAGAAUAAGAAGUCAUUUGUACAAUUCUUAACAAGUUUGUGUGCAAUUAUUGGUGGUGUUUUCACAGUCAGUGCCUUAUUGGAUAGAGUCAUUUAUGGUGUUGAAAAGAAGAUGAAUAGAAAUGGUCAAUCAGCCACACUUUUGAACUAA